UCGUCGUUCCAAUCAAACCAGGAUGAAUCACUUUGUAAGAAGCUUGAUUUGGAUACAUAAAAUGGUGGAGAAACACCAGGAAGUUGAAUAAAUCUCAUAGGAGUUGGGAUGAAGAAGUUAUCCCACUUUCUAAUCAGGUGAUUCCAGUUUCCCAGUUUGGGAAUAGGACAGCUUCUGAUAUGAUCAUGGACCAGUCAAACAAAGAAGAUGAUGGGAGCAUGGAAGAUCCAGCUGAUGGAGGAGCUCUAGCCAUAUCUGAAGGUCCUAUGACUCGAGCCAGAAGCAAGCAACUCAAAGAAGCCAUUGGAGGAUUACUUAAGACAUCACUGAAGCAAGAAGAGAGUCUUGGAAGAAGCUUGAUCAACCAAGACACACUUACCACAAUUCAAGCCAUCUCAGCUACAAGAUAGACAUCAAAUGAGCAAGUAACAUAUGUGUGCUCUUUUUCCCUAUCUUUGGUUUUGUCCCACUGGGUUUUCCAAAGAUAGGUUUUUAAUGAGGCCAUAUGUUGCUUUCCUAUCACUCAUUUGAUGAUCUCAGUUCAAGACUUUAUUUUAAUUAUUUAUCUUUGCUAGACUUGAGAAUUAAGCUGCCAGACUUGAGAAUUAAGCUGCCAGACUUGGAAAUUAAGCUGCCAGACUUGAAAGCCCUUAUAAGGUUUUAUAUGGGUUUUAUAAGGUUUAUUUUUAAGGCCCAUUUAGAGACCAAGGAGCCUGUUCCUUGCUUUCUCUAUAAAUAUGUGUCUGAAAACCCUAAUAGAGUUAUCCAAUCUUUUAUUUUCAGACUCUUGUCUCUCUCUGACGGCUGCAAUUCUUCUUGUAGAUCUGAGUGUUCUUGAGUCUUUGUUAGUGUGUCAUAUCUAACAAAACCACAAGAGUGAUUGUCUUGGUGUGUCAUAUCCAAGGGAUUUACUUAGGAGUAUCAAGGAGACCUCUCACAUCUCUUUGUGUCACCAUUCAAUCCACACACCUUGAAGUAGAUUGAGUCUGUUGAUUCUCUAUUUGCAAGGAUCUAUCCCAUUCCAACCAGAGAAGCAUCCUAGGAGUGUAUUAUGUGGUAUCAGAGCAACUCUGGCUAGGGAAGUUCUCGUUUUCUUUAAGCUUUUACUAGAUCUAUUCAUUUGUUUUCAUAACCAUUGCUAGAUCUGGGUUUGUUGUCUUAUUUCUGUCGAUCUGUUUCACUCUGAGUUCAAUAUUGGUAGAUCUGUUGUUCUGAGCUUUGAAAGUGAUAAAUCUGAGAAUUUUUAUUCUAGAUCUGUACUGAAUCUGUUCAUCUUUUGGUGUUGUUGAGUUAGAUCUAUUGUUUCUAUCAGUUUAUCAUCCGAUCUGUUGAUUAACUUGUGUAAACCUGAUAGAUCUGUUAUUGUUUGUCGAAAAUCUGAGAAAUUUUAUUCUAGAUCUGUGCUGAAUCUGUUUCAUCUCUUGUUUGUUUUCCUUAUUUGAUUUUGAUUUCGAACUCCUUACUGGUUGAGUGUUAUCUUUUGGUUUCAGGUACCAAUGGGUAAUGCAACUGAUGAAGAAGCAGAACUAAUGAGGAAGAACAAGUUGUUGAUGGAAGCCAUGACUAAUCAACUCAAUCAGACUAUGCUUACCAACAUGACCGAGAUGAUGAAAGAAAGUCUGAAAGAGAUCAGAGAAGAGAUCAGACAAGCUACUGGUCAGGGUCACAGUAAUGAAUCUAGGAGGAACAGACGGACUCAACCACAACAGGAGCAUGCUGGUUCACAAGAGACUGACAACUACUAUGACCGCAACCGAUCUGAGCGCAGUAGCUCUUCCUCUAGGGACAGUAGGAGGAGGCAUAGGCGUGGUCAUGAUGGAAGAAGACUUCACAGGGAUGAGCUUGCUGGUUUAAAGCUUAAAAUUCCCCCCUUUCAUGGGAAAGUUGAUCCGGAUGCUUACUUAGAUUGGGAGAAGAAGAUAGAGCUUGUCUUCAAUGUGCAACACUACUCCAAUGCCCAAAGAAUUCAGAUUGCUGCCACUGAGUUCUAUGACUAUGCUUUGAGUUGGUGGGAUCAGUUGGUGACGACUAGAAGACUUAACCAGGAAUAUCCAGUUGACUCAUGGAAUGAGAUGAAGUCUCUUAUGCGCAAGAGGUUUGUGCCAAGCCAUUACCACCGAGAUCUCCAUCAGAAGCUUAGAAGACUUACCCAAGGAUCUAAGACUGUGGAAGAGUACUAUCAAGACAUGGAGAUGCUGAUGUUAAGGGCUGGUAUCUUGGAGGAUAGAGAAACUACUAUGGCCAGGUUCCUUGGAGGGCUUAACCGUGAGAUACAAGACAGUGUGGAGAUGCAACACUAUGUGGAGAUAGAAGAGAUGUUGCACAAAGCUAUUCUAGUGGAGCAGCAGCUCAAGAGGAAGGGUAACUCACGCAGCUAUGGAUCUUCUAGGUUCCACCACUCUAAGGAAGAGAAAACAUCCUAUCUGAAGGAUAGCAAGCCUCAGCAGAAAGAAGAGACUAAGCCAAGCAGCACAUCCAGCAAAGACAAAGGCAAAGCUGAAGCUACUAGUUCCAGAACCAGAGAUGUUAAGUCGUGA